CUCUCUCAAGUCAAUGUGCUAUGCCCAGCUACCUGUGCAGAGCAUCUAGAUUUCUCAGCUCAGCUCCCACGAUCAGACUCGCUUCUUCGAACCCUGCAAGAUUUCGCUGCUCUGUUAAGCUUUCGACCAUGUCUAAUGGAGAAGGAGCUGUUCGCUUCCCCUUAUCCGCUUCAAGCACUCUCGUAAUCCAAAAGGGAGAUAUCACCAAGUGGUCCGUCGACGGCUCCACGGACGCCAUCGUCAAUCCAGCAAAUGAGGGGAUGCUUGGAGGUGGUGGUGCAGAUGGAGCUAUACAUAGGGCUGCUGGCCCAGAUCUUCUGCAAGCAUGCUAUAGUGUCCCAGAAGUCAGGCCACGUGUUCGCUGUCCCACCGGAGAAGCAAGGAUCACCCCGGGUUUUAAGUUGCCUGCAUCUCAUGUAAUUCAUACUGUUGGACCCGUGUACCGUUCUGGCAGCAACCCGGAAACCUUUCUGAGUGCUGCGUACAGGAAUAGCUUGACCUUAGCCAAAUCAAACAACCUUCAGCAUAUCGCGUUUCCUGCUAUUUCUUGUGGUGUGUAUGGAUAUCCGUAUGAUGAAGCAGCCACAGUAUCUAUAUCCACAAUUAAGGAGUUUGCGGAUGGCCUAAAGGAGGUGCACUUUGUUCUCUUCGCAGACGAUAUUUACGAUGUUUGGGUGAAAAAGGCCAAUAAAUUGCUUAAAGCUUAAUAUGCACCGUGAGCAAGCAAUUAGCAGAUAUAUGAGUUUACCUUUCUAUCAGUGUAAUUGGAUGCAAAACCUCUUAUGUAGAACCGAAGUUUAUUGGCUUGUAAUGUGCAGAACGAAAUGGUGAAAUAAAGCGUGCCGUAGAUUGCCAAUGUACUCGAGAUAUUAUCGCAAAAAAUACCAUGGAAUUAUAUGAAAUGUAUGCAUUGCAGAA